AUGGAGAGGGAAAGGAAAAGUAGGGAGGAAUUUGUAGUGAAAAAGUUGAGAGGCGGGAAUUUGGUGGGGAAAAGAGAGGGAAAUUGUACUCCGUCGCCUACAUGGAAAUUUGGGUUAAUUCAACCGGAUGGUACUCUAGUUCAAGAUUUCAAUUUCCCCCCAAACACCACUCUUUCUGCUAGAAAACUUGUUGCCAAUCUUUGGGAGGUACAACCGCACCUCACCCUUAAGAUGAACAGAAAUGUGACAAAGGAUAAUCAUCUCAAAAUUGAGGAAUUUAAGGCUUCAAAACAGUUAUCUGAAUCCCCUGAUAGAUCCCCAGAGCAGGCAACGAGCAGCAGUGGUUUGAAAAAGCAUGUUUCAGCAUUAACGACACAACAUAAUCAGAGGCUUAAAAGAGUCGGCCAUGUUCAACGGCCUGUUUCCACUGCUAGUUACUGUAGCUCAAUGGAGAUGGCUCCUUACAGACCGCCCCGCUCCCCAAAUAGUUCUUUUGACACCAAAGGUAAAUUAGGCACGCCAAGUUGCAGCUUCCAAACAUCUACUGAGUUACUUAAAGUACUCAAUAGGAUUUGGAAACUUGAAGAAAAGCAUGCAUUAAAUAUAUCGUUAAUAAAAACAUUGAAAAGGGAACUGGAUCAGUCGAAUGCACGGAUUAAAGAAUUACUGCAAGAGAAGAAAAGAGAUCAACAGGAAAUUGCUGAGUUGAUGAAGGAAAUAACUGAAGAUAAAGUUUCGAGGAAAUACAAGGAGCAACAUCAAAUGAAAGAUGCAUUUGAGUCCAUUGGGCACGAGUUAGAGGAUGAACGAAAAUUAAGAAAACAUUCGGAAAAUCUUCAUUAUAAGCUAUCUCGGGAACUUUCAGAAGUGAAAUCUUUGUUCUCUAAUGCUUUGAAUGAACUUAAACAGGAGAGAAAAGCACGGAUACUGCUAGAAGAUCUAUGUGACGAGUUUGCAAAAGGAAUAAGAGAUUAUGAACAAGAUAUACGGUUGUUGAGGCAGAAAUCUCACGAGAGUCAAAUUGGAAAGGACGGGAAUGAUCGAUUGAUUCUUCAUAUUUCUGAAGCCUGGUUAGAUGAAAGAAUGCAGAUGAAGCUAGCAGAUGCUCGUGAUGUUACAGAAAAACCGUCAGUUUUGGACAAGUUAAGAUUUGAAAUCGAAACCUUUCUUCAAGCAAAACAAUCUGGGAAUUUGGAAAUAAAUGAUUUUCAAUCCUCGGAAAAGCCAAGGGAAAAUAAUUUAUGCAGGCGUUCUUCGGAAUCUCAAUUGAAUAAAGGUGUAAGUUUGAAGCAAGGAAAUGACAGCACCAAGCAACCAGCAGAAAUCAUUGCAGAUAGUCGUCUGAAAACAACAGAAAAAUCAAAACCGAUAAAGAAAAAAGCAGUUUCUAGAGAAGUUGAGGGUUCUGAUCCAUCUAGACUACAAGUGCAGUCGGAAGAACAAGUCAUGCAUGAUCAAGAUUACGUGAACGAGGAACCGGCUAAAGAAAACCUAGACGAAAAGACCAAUAACUUGCCAAAUGACUUAAUCAGAAAUCCUUCUUUGGCAUCGGAAGGUAAGAAACUUCGUAAUGGGAAUAAUUAUAUGGAAAGUUCUUUCGAUCCCUCUACGUUUACUGGUCCUUCUAGUCCCGUGCUAAAGUGGACGUCCGAGGUAAAAGCUGCAGAUCCCAACACGUCGGAAUCUUUCUCAAGAUGGCCUCGAAGCUUCAAACCGAAUACCUUGCAGGCAAAGUUGCUGGAAGCACGGUUAGAGGGUCAACGACCUUGUGCUCAAGUUUCCAAGGAUUUGUCUCAAGCUGACUAG